AUGAAUUUAUUUGAAGCAGUAUGGAAUGUUCCUCCUCCAAAAUUAAUUAUAACAGUUCAUGGUGGCAUGUCUGAUUUUGAUUUACAACCCAAAUUGGCUCGUGUAUUUCGAAAAGGUUUACUAAAAGCAGCAAAAACGACUGGUGCAUGGAUCAUUACUGCAGGUCUUAAUGCAGGUGUUGUUCGUCAGGUGGCGGCAGCAGUUGAUGGUUCAGGUACCGCAUCACGCGUUCGUUCUAGAAUAGUAACUAUUGGCAUUGCUCCAUGGGGAUUACUCAAAAAGCGAGAUAGUCUUUUGGGACAAGAUGCAGUUGUGCCAUAUCAUCCACAUUCCUUUUCUCCCAAAGGGCGAUUUGCUGUGUUGAAUAAUCGACAUUCUUAUUUUUUACUUGUCGAUAAUGGUACUAUAGGAAGGUAUGGUGCUGAUGUCAUACUUCGCAAAAGACUGGAAUCAUAUAUUUCCGAAAAACGAAAACUUGGUAACGGAACACGUAGCGUUCCAGUCGUUUGUGUUGUUUUGGAGGGCGGUACGUGUACAAUUAAGGCAGUGCAUGAUUGCGUUUGCAUGUCUCCACGUGUCCCAGUUGUUGUUUGUGAUGGAAGUGGUCGGGCAGCUGAUCUUUUAGCAUUUGCACAUCAGUACGUCCAAGAUGACGGUCAGUUACCCGAAGGUGUCAGGCCUCAGUUGCUCAGUCUAGUACAAUACGUAUUUGGUUAUGAUAUUAAGGCAGCAGAGAAACUUUUGGAACAGUUGAUGAUGUGUGUUCGUCAAAAACAUCUAAUUGCAAUUUUUCGUCUGGGUGAAGACCAGAAACAGGAUGUCGAUCAUGCCAUAUUGACAGCUUUAUUAAAAGAGCAGAAUUUAUCUCCAUCAGAUCAGCUUGCUCUCGCAUUAGCGUGGAAUCGUGUUGAUAUUGCACGAUCAGAUAUAUUUGUGCUUGGACAGGACUGGCCAAAAGAAGCACUUGACCACGCAAUGAUGGAGGCUUUAAUAAACGACCGAGUUGAUUUCGUUCGUCUAUUACUUGAAAAUGGCGUCAGUAUGAGUAAUUUUUUGACGGUAGGGCGAUUGGAAGAAUUAUACAAUACGGAUAAAGGACCACCAAAUACUUUAUAUUAUAUUGUCCGAGAUGUAGUCAAAAUCCGUGAGGGCUAUCGAUAUCAGCUGCCUCAUAUCGGUCUUGCUAUUGAAAAGCUCAUGGGCAGUGCUUACAAAUCUUCUUAUACAUCGGAAUCAUUCCGCUCAAAAUAUGCCAUUUAUAGCAGUAAAUUGCAAGUUCGUCUCCAAAUCUUCGCAGUUUUCAUCAUGAUAAUCAAUACUAACAAUUAUGCUUUUAUUUCACGAAACGAAGGUAGUGUUCGCAACUCUUUUACUUCUGAUGGUUUCAUUCCAUCACCACAGACUUCUGAUAAUCUUGCUCUUGAUGCAGUUUUAGCUUCAUAUUCAGGAAAUCGCGCACUGAGUCAUCACAUAUUAUGGCGCUCCAGGCGAGAUGUAUCAGGUUUGGAGUCCUUAUGUUCGGAUACAACAAAAGUAGGAAAUGGCUUUAAAUAUCCAUUCAGCGAGCUUUUAAUAUGGGCUGUAUUGACCAAACGGCAAGAAAUGGCUUUGUGCAUGUGGCAACAUGGAGAAGAAGCUAUGGCCAAGGCUUUGGUGGCAUGCCGAUUGUAUAAAAGCUUGGCGAAAGAAGCUGCUGAAGAUUAUUUGGAAGUUGAGAUUUGUGAAGAACUGAAAAAUUAUGCUGAAGACUUUCGAAAUCUUUCAUUGGCAUUACUGGAACAUUGUUAUAAUCUCGAUGAUGCUCAGACAUUACAAUUGCUCACUUACGAAUUAGCUAACUGGGGAAACGAAACAUGCCUUUCUCUUGCUGUAAUGGUCAAUAAUAAGCAGUUUCUAGCCCAUCCAUGUUGUCAGAUUCUAUUAGCCGAUUUGUGGCAUGGUGGUUUGAGGAUGCGCAGUCAUUCUAAUCUUAAAGUGGUAAUUGGUUUGUUUUGCCCACCAACAAUCUUCUUGUUAGAAUUUAAAUCACGCGAGGAAUUACUGUUGCAACCACAGACUGCCGCUGAACAUGAAAAUGAUCUUAAUGAGAGCUCAAGUUCUAGUUCUAGCUCCGAGAAUGAUUCCUCGUCAGACUCUGAUUUCAGUUCAGACGCCGAAUUUCAAGAUCAUGAUGUAGACAAGCGGCGAAAUUCACUAAGCAGUACGCAGUCAAUGGGCUUGCCUACCGUGAGUUUGGUUCAUAAAAUACGAUUUUCGAAGGUUUCAAUUAGUAAGGAUAAAUCACUCUUUCUCGGUUUUUUUGGGUUUAUGUUUAUUACUUCAUUUUUUUCCUUCAGAUUUGCAAUUUUUCAGAGGCCAAUCAAAUUCAGACGUAAGUUGUAUGAAUUUUAUGUGGCUCCGAUAACGACGUUUUGGGCAUGGACAUUAACUUUCUGUGUUUUUUUAUGUGCUUUUGCUUACACAUUGCUAAUCAAGACACCGAUUAGAGCAACUUGGUUGGAAUGGCUUGUGUUCGCUUAUGUUGCUGCAUUUGGUCUUGAGCAUUUGCGUAAAUUUUUAAUGUCUGAACCAGAAUCGCUCUCUCAGAAAGCGAAAUAUUUUUUCAUCAACAUCUGGAAUUCAGUAACAACUUUAGCUCUUGUGACGUAUUUUAUUGGAUUUGGAUUAAGAUUAGAUACAGCACACAGAUCAGUGGCAAUCGGAAGGGUUGUGUUGGCAUGUAAUUCAAUGUUGUGGUCAGUUAAAUUGUUAGAUUUUGUCAGUAUCCAUCCUCGAAUGGGACCUUAUAUUACUAUGGCUGGAAAAAUGAUCCAGAACAUGCUGUAUAUCAUUGUAUUACUUUUUGUGUCAAUGUUAGCAUUUGGUUUAGCUCGACAGGCAAUCACAUAUCCUAAUGAAAACUGGCAUUGGUUAUUGUUGCGGAAUAUUUUUUAUAAACCGUAUUUCAUGUUAUAUGGAGAGGUUUAUGCUGGCGAAAUUGAUACAUGUGGAGAUGGAGCAUGGGAUAGUCAUGUUGAGAAAGGUGUUGCUAUUGAUGAUCUUUAUAAUGGAACAGAUUUUGAUGCGACAUGUCCUCAUGGUUAUUGGGUUCCUCCGCUACUGAUGACAGGAUUUUUACUCAUAGCAAAUAUUUUAUUGAUGAGCAUGCUUUUGGCAAUCUUCAACAACAUUUUUGAAAAUACAGAUCGUGUUUCUAAGGAAAUUUGGCUUUUUCAACGUUACCGGCAAGUGAUGGAGUACGAAAGCACUCCUUUUCUGCCUCCCCCAUUUACGCCGCUUUAUCAUUUGUGGAUGAUAAUUAAAUGUAUUGGACUCAAAAGCAACUCAAAAUUGUUCGAUUUCGCUUUAAAAUUAUUCUUGAAUGCCGAUCAAGUGGAAAAAAUACAUGAUUUUGAAGAAGAAUGCAUGGAAGAUUUAGCUCGUGAAAAGGAAUAUAAAAAAAAUACAUCCACAGAAGAAAGAAUUCAUCGAACCGCUGAAAGAACGGAUCUUAUGCUUGCUCGAUUGAAUGAUCUCUGUAGCAGAGAAUCUGUUAUUAAGACGACGAUACGUGAUUUAGAUCGUCGUUUGGAGAUGAUGGAAAGUAGACAGGUGAUGUUGACCCCCUAUUUAGUAUCGAGUUCAAUGUAA